UCACUUAAUCAGUCGCCCGGCGGAGUUCGACACGAAUGGAUGUGUGAUACGUGGCUGAGCAUUUCGAGCCAUCUGCUCCGCUCCGCGAAGCGCCGGCAAGCUGAGCGUGCCGGCCGCAUAGGAACUCAUAUCCUGGACACGACGUACCUUCAACCGGCAUAAUUCGCCGAUUGGAUUGUCAUCCGGUCACGAAGCAUCAAUCGCAUGAAUCACCAUCCGCGACCGUCGCAGCUCGUCCGUCUUAUCGGCCUUCGAAGUUUAAAAAGGAAGACAGCCGAUCUCCUUUUCCAGGAAAAGAAGGAUCAGCGGAGGACGUGUUUGAAGAGCGGCGCUGGCAGCUCCUCAAGAAAGAUGUCCACAGCGUUGCUGGCCCUCUUCGCCGUGAUCCUGUGCAUCCUGUUCAGAAUACUAAAUGUGAACAACGCGCCGCAAAAGCCCCUCCUCGUCUGCAAGGACCAGUCCUUCCUGACGACAGUGCUUAAGAUCGCGCCGGUCAUCGCCGAACCAUAUAAACCAACGAGGUUGUGGGGUUUCAGCGGACACGUACAAACUAUCGUCCACAGCAUUAUAGGCCGUGUUCGGUGUCCUUGGCCCAUUGGAGAACGUGUAUACAUCGGUCUUCCCGAUGGGACUACCCUUACGUAUGAUCUUUAUCAACCACUGACUAAUGGACAUGAAGAUGACAUAACGAUAGCUAUCUGUCCUGGUAUUGGCAACAGCUCGGAGAGCGUGUACAUUAGGACAUUCGUGCACUUUGUGCAAUGUCAUGGAUAUCGAUGCGCAGUACUUAAUCACGUCGGGGCCCUUUCAAGUGUCAAGAUUACAGCACCCAGAAUAUUUUCUUAUGGUCACACGGAUGAUUAUAGCGCGAUGCUACAACAUUUAAUAGAACAACACCCUAACACCAAAAUAGUUUGUAUCGGAUACAGUUUAGGUGGCAAUUUAGUAACAAAAUAUCUAGGAGAACGCGGUUCCAACAAAUUGCCUAAUAUUAUAGGAGGGAUAUCGAUUUGUCAAGGAUACAAUGCUCUCAAGGGAACGAAAAUUCUAUUAAAUUGGCAGAACUUUAGACGAUUUUACCUCUAUGUAAUGACUGAAUCAAUGAAGAAUCUUAUUCUAAAACACAAAAAUAUGCUUUUGUCCGAGGAUGUAAAACAAAGAUGUAAUUUGAACGAGCGAGACAUAAUUUCUGCUGCAACGUUACCUGAACUGGAUGAAGCUUAUACGAGAAGGGUACACAAUUUUAGGUCUGUGCAAGAAUUGUACAAGUGGAGUAGUUGUCUCUUUUACCUAGAUAGCAUUACAACGCCGAUGGUAUUCAUCAACGCGUUAGACGAUCCCAUCGUGCCGGAGGUGUUAUUAAAUCCAAUCAAAGACCACGCGGCAAAUCACUUAAAUACAUUGUAUGUGGAACUAGCUCAUGGAGGUCAUCUAGGUUUUUAUGAAGGUGGUCUUCUGUAUCCAAAUCCUAUAACAUGGCUGGAUCGAACCCUAGUGUCCCUUGUGGGAUCUCUGACUCUAGCGCACGCAGACAAGGCUCUUAAAGCCUCUUAACCCAAUUUAGUUUGGUCAAUGUAUUUAUGUUAUUGGAUAUUUAUCGAUAUUGUGUCACACAUUCUGAUGUUGUGAGAUCAAGCACUGUGCACCUGAUUCACAUUUAGAUAAUCGGAAAGAUUUAUAACGAUAAUCUGCAACAAGACUACAAUGAAAAUGGAAACGGCAGAUUGUAAUGAAUAAAAGUAUCUGGUACAUGCUUUGAUUGUUUCACGAAGUGAACAGACAGUAUCUUUCACAAACGAUUCAGAAGGAAUAAAUGAUAAGCGCGACUGUAAAAUAACAAACGUUUGCUCACUAACAUUUUUUAAAUUGAGUAUAGUUCAGGAAAGCUAGCCAAAUUGCGUAAUUCUUUAUAUAUAGUAAAAUUUUAUUAUGCAAUGUGGCACAAUCAAAAUUAGCUUAAUUAUUUGAAAAAGGGAGUAGAAACGAAAUGAAUUUUCAAUAUUUUACUAAAUACUAACGCUUCUUUCUCAGGGAUCUUCUAUAGGGCAACAAUUUGAUAGUAGGACUUUCAAUGAUCCUUAACAAGUUACUAGAGAUGCUCUGUAUAAGGAUUCAAUCAUGAAUACACGUUGGAUGUGAGUUUAAUGCAAUACAGAGUUUUGUGUACUUUUCACUAAAAAAA